AUGGCAGACGACGACAAGGACGCCGAGUUUGCUUUCAACCUAUUCUCUGACAUUGCGCCACUGCUUGCGCUAUUCGGAGACCAGUUCGCGAGGCAAUUUGCGAGCGAGAGCCUGACAUGGGUUGAUCAUCUGCUCUUUGCAAUGGUGCCUCUGGGUAUCAUAACAAGCAUAACAGGCGCUAUACGCGUUCAAGGUCCAAGAAUCAUAAAGUCCUUCAUUGGCCGCGGUAGGGAAAAUCGCGCACUCGCUGAAUUCGAAUUGAUGUCAUCUACAUCGAAGGAAGUAUGCGAAGUGUUCAACGGAAAGUCUGUCGUACGAGUUAUGGGCAAACCCACAAUAGCGCAGAUACUCAUAUUCCCACUAGAAUACGACACACUCCGGAAGAGAUAUGAAAAGGCGGAUCUCCAGAUGCUGACCCCAGAUACAUCGUAUGGGCUGAGUAAAGAAGCCGCUACGAUUACGAACAACAAACCCAUCAAUACAGACAAUUCAACAGAUGAUCUUUCAUGUGGCAUCCAUACUUUACAAACUGCGGCAUCCCCAGAGGGCUCAAGGGACAAGCUCAUGGAAUUGCGAAAAUAUCAAAGCCUCAGUUUCCAGAUCAUGCGCAGCCUCGUGGCACGUAUUCUGGGCAAAAAAAACACUAUGGACGAAGAUGAACUUGAUCGUGACAAGAUUUUUGAGUCGCUCGGUCCGCCCAAUCUUCAACUGGGUCUAUCUACCGAUCAGUUCGGUACGGGGUUUUUCAAGAAAAGACAUGAAAUCUUCAUCGCUGCAGUGGCUGCAGUACUGCUGCAAGCCAGCUUGAUAGCUGUUGCCACCAUAACAGUAUACCACGAACGCACUCGAAGGGCAAUAUCGUUUGAACCCAAAAGCUAUGGUUAUUCAUGCUAUAUCACUGGCUCUAUACUACUAUCCAUUGGCGUCGGGGUAUGCUCUUUGGCUGUGGAACGGAACACAGUCGAGUAUGAUUGGAGGCUAUUGGUCCAGAACAACGCGGAAGAGGAAUCCGUACCCAGGAGAACACCAGCAACCGAGGGAAACGCUAACAUAGACCAUAGCCCUCGACUAUUGUGGUUACAGCAGAGCCAGGAAGUCAAUGACCAGUCGUUCGGUGGUUACACAAUCCUAGCUGGACCAAAAUAUCAUGUCAUCACAUCCAGCCGCAUCGAAGAUAUGAAACCAAUGCGCGGGUCAACCGAUGCCUCGGGACAAAGAAGGCGGUCUAGAGACAGAUAUGGCAAACACAUCAAUGCCGACUCAUAUCACACAAAGCCUACGAGAAGAUAUGUCGGUACUGAUUUAGUCGCUAACUAG